UGUGUCAGCUCAUAUGAUCGCUUGGUCACGCCUACUGUUUACUAUCAGCGAGUUAUGAUUGAACCGUUUUUUUAAGGCAAUAAACAAAAAAUCCGUAGUUUUAUAAUACACGGGUUGGCAGCUUGGCGAGCGCGCUGAACAAUCAUUUUAUCCGGAUUAAAUGACGGAUUGGGAUUAAGCAGUUUUAAAGCAGUUUUAAUGGCGUCAUCAGCGACAAUCGGUGAGUUCAUGCAGUCUCUCAGUGAAAUGGGUUUCACUGAGAAUCAGAUUCAGGCUGCAUUUCAGGCCGGAUGUUUCUCUGUGCCAGAAGCUGCAGAAUGGAUUGUGCGUGCCGGCAGUCCGAGACACACGCUAACACCGCGUUCCGGUCCAACUACAAGUGCUAUAUCGGCUUUUAACCCUCCGAAAGAUGCUCCAGGAGCUGAAACUGGAGGAAAAGCUGCUGAUUUGGUGCUGCAUCAUCCUGUCGCAGAAUCCGAACCUAUAAGGUCUCGUAUAAAGCAGAACAAUGACUUUCUCGCUCAGGAGAGACAGCGAGCAGCAGAGCACGCUCGGGCCGAACGAAGACAAAACACUCAAGAGCGAGAGUUAAUCUUGAAAAGGAUAGCAGAAAAUCGCCGAGCUCAGCAGGAGAAACAAACCGUCACCCCAUCUGCCAGUGAACGAGAGAAAACGAGCGAACGAGUGCAGGACAGCACAGACAACAAGUGCAUUCUAAUGAUCCGCCUCCCCACUGGUGAGUCUUUGAGGCUGUGUUUUCCGGCUGACGCUCCUCUCCAGGCCGUCGUUGACCAUGUCACUUCACUCCACUCGUCUCUUCCUUCGUUCACUCUUUUUCACGGUUUUCCUCGUCGGCGCUUCAGCGACAAUGACAUGUCACUGACACUGCACUCUCUCGGUUUAACGCCGAACGCCGCACUCGUCCUCCAGGCCAUCACUCCUCCUGAUCCCUCUAUCCCCACCCCCGCUCCUAAUCCUGAACCACCUCGGAGUGACCCUCCUGCCCUUCAGGUGGCAGAUGAGCUAGUUCAACCUGUAGCUCCACCCCAUUUUCACCCAAUACGCUGGGAUGAUAUGGUGCAAGCUGGGAUUGCUGAACCUCGUCACCGCUGGGGUCGUGGACAGAGAAUGGUUCAAGGGGAAGAUCCUGAUGAUGGCGAUGAUGCUAAUCCUGAUGCUGAUGAAGAGCAGGCACUAGCGGAUAUUAAUGCAAUACCUCGCCUUCCUUUUUUCAACGAGCUCAGAGAACAAGAUCAGCAUUACUGGCCGGAUCAGGGAAACAGACUCGGAAAUCCAGAUGCCUUAGUAGAUCCAGCAGAAGGCAGAGUUUUACCCGGCGAGGCAGCUUUACAACGUUUACAAAGAAACGACCAACAGCGCCAUCAUCACACAGAGUCUCUGAUCCCACACAAGAAACCCUGCACUGUGCCCAGACUCAUCACCAUGGCAACACAAGCCGCCAUCUCUCUCAUUAGUGCUCCUAGUAUGCAGUUCGUCAGCAGUUUUUCGUGUCUGACCCCGGAGCUGGCUGAGCGUUUGUUGGGUCACAUGACCGCAGAUCGCGCGCUGACCCCAAGAACCCUUCAGCUCUUCAUAGGCUGCUCGCUCAGAACGCUAACAUUGAACAGCUACCCAUACACCACCAACACACUGCUACAGCAACUCAGCACGUUUACACACCUCACACACCUCAGCUUGGUCAACUCGCCCCUAAUCACUGAUUGUGGGCUGUCGGUGUUGUGCAAGUUGGUGAAGCUGCAGUACCUGAAUCUCUCGUCCUGCUCUAAACUUACUGACGGCUGUUUACAUCACAUGAAAACUCUCAGAUCCUUGUGUGUGUUGAUUCUGGAUCACACUAAAGUAAGCGAUGCCGGUCUGCUGGUGUUCCUUCAGACGUGUCCUCCUGCACUCGUUCACCUGAGUUUAAACCAAACCGCUGUUACAGAGGAAACUCUAACCGCACUGCGUGUGUGCGUACCACAGCUGCGUCUGCUCAGCAUCACACACACCAAGGUGUGUGACGUAUCUACUCUGACCGAUCUGCACGAACUGCAGACUCUUCACCUUGACUUCACCCAGGUUAAAGAAGAAUCGCUGCGGUGUCUUUCAGCACACCGCACCCUAACAUCGCUCAGUCUUCACGGCGUUCCUGUCAGCAGCGGCGAUCACACGCUCGAGAUACUCUCAGGGCUGAAUCUGACUCAGUUAACGCUUCCUGGCCGCCACUCAGUGACCGACGCAGGACUUUUCUUCCUCUGCGGACACGCUCUGCUCUCUGAGCUCGACCUGAGCGACUACACACACAUUACUGACCAGGGUAUCACACAAUUGGGGAAAAUGACUCGGCUAAAGAAGCUUUCACUGAGCAACACUCCACUCACUGAUGUGGGCUUAACAGCUCUGUCUACUCUCACUCUGCUGAUGGACUUGUGCUUAAACCGGACAGCAGUGACAAGCCGUGGAGUCACGGAGUUCAUCACACACCUGCCUUACUUACAGGUUUUAGGUUUGUCCUGCACACAGGUGGGAGACUCGGUACUAAAAGCAUUAAUUCGCUGCACUGAACUGAUCAAACUGAACCUGAGCAAAACUCGCAUCACUGAUCGGGGAUUAAAGUUUCUUCAUGGUAAGAAACUGAGUCAGGUAAAUCUGGACGGUACCGGUGUGACUGCGGGGGGCGUGGCCAACCUGAUCUCUGCUUCCCCUCACCUGAUCAGCAUCCGUGCCAAUAACACACGGCCGCUCCCUCCUGAACAACAAAGCGACGAUGAUGAGGGUAACGAUGAAGCUCGGCCAUAGAAAUGUGACAGAUCUGAGCAGUGCAUACACCAUACCCCCCCACCACACACACACACACACACACACACACACACACACCCCCAUAAACAUUUCCUUUUAUUUCAUGCAAAGCCAUCAUUCAGUUGCUGUUUAAAACAUCUCAGUAGACGACUUUAUAACGCAAUUUAUUUCUAUCCUACAAUUGUCACACACUUUGUCAUGAUAGCUUUAUAAGCGAACAAAUAAAAUAGCAAUGUUAUUAUUAAUCAUUUUGCAGUUAUAUUGUUAACAAAUGGCUGUAAGUAGGCCAGGUUAUUUUUAACAUGAGCCCAGAAUCUCCUUUGGCCCAGUUUUUGAGCUAGCAAGUGCUGUGGCAAUAAAAAAAGAGGUUUUAGUACGCAUGAAACUUUAAACACAGCCUCAUUAACCAGUGGUAUUACAGCAUUAAUACUGUUCUGUAUGCAAAAUCAAAUGAAACGACCUGGGGAAAUGUAUUUAGUAGUAGAAUAGUAAUUACAUAUAACAUGCAACAAAAGUUUAGUACUUACAGCAUUUAUCAAUCAGCCAUUGUUAUUAUUAAUAGAAGUGACAAUAUUAUCAAGUCUUGCCAAUACGUUUGGCAAAUACUUAAAUUAGUUCAGAACAAUAGUUGGUAUUUUGCGGAGUUCUAAAUUAUUGAAGACUGUUCGACAAAAUGUAACCGAAUAAAACAUAUAUUUUUAGAUAUUGUUUGUAUUCUGUAAUAGAUUUGUAUAAGAUCAUUAAAAAAAGAUAACAAAUCA